CCGGCCGGACGGAGCGGGCAGCGGGCACCAUGGAGCCCCCCUCGGCCUCUCCCCGAGCAGGGCGCGGCCCCUGGCAGGAGCUCCUGCUGGCCGUCUCACUCUUAAUCUCCUGGAACCCGCUCACCACUGCCCAAGUCACUGUGGAAUCCGUGCCUCCCAAUGCUGCUGAAGGGAAGGACGCUCUUCUGCGGGUCCUCAAUUUGCCUGGGGAUACAGCAGGCCUUACCUGGUUCAGAGGGGAAAUUGUAGCACCUGUCCAUCAAAUUGUAUUAUAUGUAGUAGACACACGAGUAAUUACCCCGGGGCCUGCACACAGUGGCAGAGAGAUAAUAUACCCCAAUGGAUCCCUGCUGUUCCAGAACAUCACCCUGAGCGACACUGGAUCCUACAUCCUACAAAUCAUAAACAGAAAAUUUGAAACUGCACUAGUAACUGGAGAGCUCCGAGUAUUCCCGGAGUUACACAAACCCAGCAUCACAAGCAACAACUCCAGCCCCGUGGAGAAUGCGGAUUCUGUAGUGUUAAUGUGUGAAGCUCAGACUCAGAGCACAAGCUGCCUGUGGUCAGUAAACACUAAGAGCCUCCCGGACAGUCCCAGGCUGGAGCUGUCCCUGGACAACAGGACUCUCACUGUACAUGGUGUCACAAGGAAUGACACAGGACCCUAUGAGUGUGAAACUCGGAACCCAGUGAGUGCUGAUCGUAGUGACCCAUUCACCCUGAAUGUGCUCUAUGGCCCGGACACACCCACCAUUUCCCCCUCAGACUCCUACUACCGUCUAGGGGCAAACCUCAGUCUCUCCUGCCACACAGCCUCUAACCCACCUGCACAGUAUUCUUGGCUUAUCAAUGGGAGACUCCCGCCAUUCACACAGGAGCUCUUUAUCCCCAACAUCACUGCCAACGAUAGCGGAUCCUAUACCUGCCUCGUCUAUAACUCUGGCACCUGCCUCAAUAAGACCACAGUCAAGACCAUCACCGUCUCUGAGCCAGUGCCAAAGCCCUCUCUCUGGGUCACCAACUUCACAGUCACAGAAAAUAAGGACUCUGUGGUCCUGACUUGCUCCACAAGUAAUGCGGGGGUCUCUAUCCAGUGGUUUUUGAAUGGCCAGAAUCUAAAGCUCAUGGAGAGAAGGAACUUGUCCCAGGGCAACAGCAACCUGACCAUACACCCUGUCAAGAGGGAGGAUUCUGGGAAUUACCAGUGUGAGGUCGCCAACCCCGUCAGUUCCAGUAAAAGUGACCCCAUCAAGCUGGAUGUGAUCUAUGAAAGAAGCACCACAGGCCUCCCUGUGAGGUCCAUCAUUGGCACUGCACUUGGGGUUCUGCUUGGAAUAGCACUCACAGCUUCCCUGGGGUGUCUCUUGCUCUGCACAAAGACUGGAAGGGCCAGUGCCUGGCAUGAUGUCAGAGAGCUCUGGCAUCCAGCAUCCACUGCCCGCCAUGGUCCAGCCAGCAGCAACACAUCCCCGGACUCACUGUCCAGCCCCAUGGCAGCAGUUUCUAUCUACCAGGAAUUACAACACCCUGACACAAACAUUUACUGGCAGAUUAAACCCAAAGCAGAAGUAGCUUCUUAGUUUCCCCAUGGUACUGCUC